CAGGAUUUCACUGUGUUUGGCGGAAGCUUGAGCCUGGUGCAUGCCCGCAAGAUUUGCAAAGUGAUGGAGCAAGCAAUGAUUGCGGGGGCACCAGUUAUAGGGUUAAACGAUUCUGGUGGUGCUCGUAUUCAAGAGGGUGUGGCUUCCUUGGCUGGUUACGCUGACAUAUUUCAAAGGAAUGUGGAUGCCUCCGGCGUGGUUCCACAAAUAUCCCUUGUGAUGGGUCCCUGUGCCGGAGGAGCUGUAUACUCUCCCGCACUGACGGAUUUCAUCUUUAUGGUUCAAGAUACAUCUUACCUUUUUAUCACUGGCCCUGAUGUGGUAAAAUCUGUUACAAAUGAGGAUGUAACGCAGGAGGAUCUUGGCGGUGGCAAAACUCAUACAACUGUCUCGGGAGUCGCACACAGAGCAUUUAAAAAUGACGUUGAAGCUCUUAUGGUUUUGCGCCAGUUCAUGUCAUUUUUGCCUUCCUCUAAUCGAACAGGCAAGCCGCCCAUCCGUGAAUGUCAUGAUCCCGUGGAUCGCUUAGUACCUUCCCUGGACACAGUUGUUCCUCUCGAGUCAACUUCCGCCUAUGAUAUGUUUGAUGUAAUAAAUAAUCUUAUGAAGCGAUCUCACGGGGAUGUUCAGAAAUACUAUAAUUAUUUGCUAUUGGUUUACUUGCUCUUUUUUCCUGAUCCCUAUUUUAUUCAGGCUAUCAUCGACGAGGGCGAGUUUUUCGAAAUAAUGCCGUCAUACGCGAAAAAUAUGAUUGUCGGGUUCGCCCGUCUAGGUGGCCGGACGGUUGGAAUAGUCGCAAAUCAACCGCGUGUGGCAGCUGGAUGCUUGGACAUAAAUGCCUCUGUCAAGGGUGCUAGAUUUGUUCGCUUUUGUGAUGCAUUUCACAUUCCUCUGGUCACUUUUGUAGACGUUCCUGGCUUCUUGCCCGGCACCAGUCAGGAGUACGGUGGCAUCAUACGACAUGGAGCCAAGCUUAUCUUUGCAUACUCUGAAGCUAACGUACCCAAGUUGACAGUCAUUACUCGCAAGGCGUAUGGUGGCGCAUAUUGUGUUAUGAGCUCCAAGCACCUCCGUGGUGACAUCAAUUACGCAUGGCCGACGGCUGAGGUCGCUGUUAUGGGUGCUAGAGGGGCAGUGAAAAUCAUCUUCCGUGAAGGCGAUGCCAACACUCAAUUAAAGCACGAGGAAGAAUACAUCGAUGCAUUUGCU